AUGAAUAUGGGUGCUUUUCAAAAUUUCUUCUUCCUCCUUAUCAUCUCAUGCUACUUCCAUACAAUAGUUAGCGAACAAGAGGAGACCGGUUUCGUGAGCUCAUUAAACCCUAAGUUGUUUAAAAAGAAAGAAAUUUUUAGUCACUUUAGAUUCUACUGGCAAGACAUUGUCGGAGGAAACAACGCUACAUCCAUUCCAAUUAUUCCAUCUCUCCCCAAAUUCAACAAUGAUUUUAGUGCUUUUGGUUUAGUGAGGAUGAUCGACAACCCUUUAACCUUAGGACCAAAAUUAAGCUCGAAGUUGUUAGGUAGAGCACAAGGGUUUUAUGCAGCUACCUCACAAACCGAGCUCGUUUUUAUUAUGGUUAUGAACUUUGCUUUGUUUGAAGGAAAAUAUAACGGGAGUGUCAUCACUAUCUUAGGAAGGAACGUUGCGUAUGAUAAAAUCAGAGAAAUGUCUGUAAUUGGCGGGAGCGGUGUUUUUCGAUUUGCUAAAGGAUAUGUUGAAGCUAACACAAUCUCUUUCGAUCCUAUCACAGGAAAUACCGUUGUUGAAUACAAUGUCUUUGUUUCUCAUCAGUAUUGA